CGUCAUGACUUUCGUUGAGUAAAAAUCCUUGCCCGCCCUUGGAAUCACCAGUCAAAGUGCAAUCGUGGUAAAUCGUGCACGAAUUGGUAAUUUGGAAGUAUUUUGUGUUCUUUAAGUUCCUUUAUAUUUGGUUAACAUGUCAUUAACUACAAUGGGUGAUAGGAAAUUUAGUUUCGAAGAAGAAUCUCAGUCGCAAAGGUUAGCGAGGAAAUCCAAGGAAACCCCGUUUUUCCCCGUAGCUAUUGGCGUGUGUGCAAUGGCAGUAGGCUAUGGGGCGUAUAUGUUCAAAAAUAGAGGGAAAAUGAGUCCUAGUGUUUAUCUAAUGCAUCUCCGUGUGGGGGCCCAAGGGGCAGCUGUUGCAUCUCUAACUGUAGGUUUAAUAUAUACCAUGAUAAAUGAACAUAUAUUAAAAAAGAAAUGAGCCACUAGUAUUAAGUUUAGUGCGAGAUUAGAUUAAAACGUGAUCUAAUUUAUUGAAUCUUAUCUGAUAUUUAGUCUUAGUUUCGUUAAAUUAAUGGUGAUCGUUUUUUUUUGUUAUAUAUUUAUUUUUAUAACAAAAGAUACGUAGUAACGUAAUUGGAUAAAACUUAUUUUUAUAAAUUAAUUUAUGUGUACAUAAUUAUUAAAUAAUAAUUAAAUUAUUACACUUUAUUUAAAAUGUAAGUUGUUCAAUGAAUGUAGAUAAUGUUUGUCCAUUUUUGUUAAUAAAAAUUGAAUUCAAAAUGAA